AUUUCUUUUUCCUCUUAUUAAGAAGUAAGCAUGCCAUCAGAAUCCGGCAAAGUUGUUUGUGUUACCGGCGCCGGAGGUUUCAUUGCCUCUUGGCUCGUUAAACUCCUUCUAGAAAAAGGCUACACUGUCAGAGGAACCGUUAGAAACCCUGGUGAUCCUAAAAAUGGUCACUUGAAGGAACUUGAAGGUGCAAAGGAGAGACUGAUUCUGCUGAGAGCUGAUCUUCUGGAUUAUCAGAGUUUAAGAGAAGCAAUUUAUGGCUGUGACGGGGUUUUCCACACCGCCUCCCCUGUCACUGAUGAUCCAGAACAAAUGGUGGAGCCAGCGGUUAUAGGGACUAAGAAUGUGAUAACAGCCGCAGCAGAAGCCAAAGUUGGAAGAGUUGUGUUUACUUCGUCAAUUGGUACAGUAUACAUGGACCCCAACCGGGCCCCUGAUAAAGUUGUGGACGAGACUUGCUGGAGUGAUCUUGACUUCUGCAAGAAUACUAAGAAUUGGUACUGCUACGGGAAGACGGUGGCGGAAAAGACAGCAUGGGAUGAGGCAAGGGAAAAAGGAGUGGAUUUGGUGGUGAUCAAUCCAGUGUUGGUGCUUGGACCACUACUUCAACCAACAGUGAAUGCUAGUGUUCUUCACAUACUAAAGUACCUAACUGGCUCUGCUAAAACAUAUGCCAAUUCAAUUCAGGCCUAUGUUCAUGUUAAGGAUGUGGCACUAGCCCACAUACUUCUCUAUGAAGCUCCUUCUGCAUCUGGCCGCUAUAUCUGUGCUGAGAGCGUCCUUCAUCGCGGCGAUGUGGUUGAAAUUCUCGCCAAAUUCUUCCCGGAGUAUCCAAUACCUACCAAGUGCUCGGAUGAAACGAGGCCAAGGGCAAAACCGUACAAAUUCACGAACCAAAAGCUAAAGGACUUGGGUUUGGAGUUUACGCCAGUGAAACAGUGCUUAUAUGAGACAGUGAAGAGUCUGCAGGAGAAGGGUCACCUUCCAAUUCCUACUCAAAAUGAUGAACCUAUUAAAAUUCACUCUUAAUUAACUGGUAUUAAGGGAAAGUUGACCGUAGCUUUUUCCCUUUUUAUGUACCAAAUUAAAAUAAAAUAUAAAAAAGAGCUACUACGUGUGCUUAUGAAAUGUUUGUAGUAUUCCUAAUUUGGCGUUUCAAAAAAAGUGUUACUUCAAAGAAAAAAAGUCCCAAUAUAUAUUCUCAUAUU